AAUAUCAUGAACGUAAACAUCAAAUAAAAACAAUUGAUGAUGAUUUACAUUAUAUUGAUAUGCAAUUAAAAGAUAAAAUUAUUCAACAUGUCAAUAUUCAAUCACCUAUUUGUAUUACACCACUUUCGGCUGGUAGCAGUGGCUAUGGUUCAGAUAUGAAUGAAAUUUAA